UAAUCAAUGCAGCUUUGAUAAUUGAACAACUAAAGUCUAUAAGACAAUAAAAAGAUUCAUUUAUUGAUUUAUUACAGUUUAGUUUCGGCUAUCCUGUUUAUUUAUCUAUAUCUGUGGUGAUAACAAAUUGAUCCCUUUUUUAAGCUGAGCGCCAGCAAUAAUUACUAAAUACUGAACAGUAAUCCUAAAGGGGCACUCCUUUGGAUUAUACUUAUCUUGAUUGUAUUUUAUCUAAAACACAGUUUAUUACAAGUUCCUAGUAAAUAGAAGAGUAUGAAUAUCAUACCGAAAACUAUAAGCUGUAGCUCAACAUUAGCAUCGAGAAAUUUGGCCUUGUUUUGUGCUAGUUCUUCUUGUGUUGACCGUGCACAAUGUCGUGGUUUUCAUUUUUCAUCUCCAUCUCACACGCCCGGGGAUAUAAUAUGUCCCUCUUUGGUACAAGGAAUUGAUUAUAUACGAGACCCUCGAUUGAAUAAAGGACUUGCUUUUACUUUGGAGGAACGACAGGCACUUGGCAUACAUGGUUUGAUGCCGCCAAAAUUUAAAACCCAAGAAGAACAAAUUGAAGUAUGCCGAUUCAGUGUCAUGAAGUAUCAAGAAGAUCUAAAUAAAUUUUUAUACUUGACCGAGUUGCAAGAUCGAAAUGAAAGAUUGUAUUUUAGAUUGUUAUCUGAAAACAUUCAUAUGUUAUUACCAAUUGUAUACACUCCAACUGUUGGAAUGGCUUGUCAAAAAUUUGGUCUGAUUUUCCGCCGUCCCAGAGGAUUGUUUAUUACUAUCAAUGAUAAAGGUCACAUUUAUGAUUUAUUGAAAAAUUGGCCUGAACCAAAUGUUCGCGCCAUAGUCGUAACUGAUGGUGAGCGCAUCCUUGGCCUUGGGGAUCUCGGAGCAUGCGGUAUGGGUAUUCCAGUCGGUAAACUUUCAUUGUACACUGCAUUAGCAGGUAUUAAACCUCAUCAAUGUUUACCUAUAACAUUGGACGUGGGAACCAACAAUGAACAACUCUUGGAAGAUCCUUUGUAUAUUGGUCUUAGACAAAAGCGUAUUUCUGGACCUUUGUACGACGAGUUUAUCAAUGAGUUCAUGGAGGCAUCAGUGAAACGCUAUGGACAAAAUGUAUUGAUACAAUUUGAAGAUUUUGGAAAUCAUAAUGCGUUUAGAUUUUUGGACAUGUUCAGAAAUAAAUAUUGUACUUUUAAUGAUGACAUUCAAGGAACAGCUGCUGUGGCGGUUGGAGGCCUCCUUACUGCCCGCCGUUUAACUAAAAGGAAAAUAUCGGAAUCGACAUUUUUGUUUUUAGGAGCAGGAGAAGCUGCCAUAGGUAUUGCAAACUUGACAGUAAGAGCCAUGUUGACUGAAGGUAUUUCAUUGGAAGAAGCUCGUAGUAGGAUAUGGAUGAUGGACAUUGACGGACUGUUGGUGAAUGACCGGCCGGAAGGAAAUCUACAAGGUGAUAAAGCAUUUUACGCCAAAGACCAUAAAGUCACGAAAAGUCUCGUCGAAGUUGUUAAAGAAAUCAAACCAACUGUGUUAAUCGGUGCUGCGGCUGCUACGGGUGCUUUCAAUAAAGAAGUGUUGGAAAACGUUGCUUCUUAUUGCGAUAAACCAAUUAUAUUUGCAUUAAGUAACCCAACAGCAAAAGCAGAAUGCACUGCUGAUCAAGCUUAUACUUUCACACAAGGCCGAUGUAUAUUUGCAAGCGGUUCACCGUUUCCAGAUGUCAAUAUAAAUGGACGUACUAUUACCCCAGGACAGGGUAACAAUGCAUAUAUAUUUCCGGGUGUUGCUCUUGGUGUAAUAAGCACAGGAAUACAUCACAUUAUCGAGGAUCUGUUUCUUAUUGCAUCUCAGGAGUUGGCCAAUUUUGUCACUGAAGAGGAUUUGGAAAAAGGAAGCAUUUACCCGCCAUUGAAUUUGAUCAAAGAUUGUUCUUUACAAAUCGCAAUUAAAAUAGCUGAGUACGCCUAUGAGAAAGGUAUUGCGUCACAUUAUCCAGAACCUAAAGACAAGAAAAAGUUUAUUCAGGAUCAAAUGUAUGACUUCAAUUACGAUAAUCCACUUCCUCCUAAGUAUACUUGGCCAGAAGAUCUUGAACCGAUUAAAUCCAAAUCUCUCCAUGACCUAUCCGGAGACCACUUGAAAAAGCAUUAAACCACCAUUUAAUAAGUUAGAAUUAAACAAGUUAACUAAAGAUAUAGUAUUUAUGACAUCGUACUAAAUCUAAUCAUUUGAAUUCAUUAUUAUAUUUAUUUAUUUAGCAGUAUUUUCAACAUCUAGUCUAAAAUGUUAACUUUUUAAACUUAAAGCUAUGACCCUUGCAAUGAGUAUUUUUUUUUAGAUGUUGUUACUAAAUGUUACCACCCUAUUUGUGAUCCAUAUAAUGUAUUUAAAUGUUAUGUACCGAACUUAUGAAGUUUUACUAAUAAUUUAGGUAUGUUACGUUGUGUUUUCAACUUUUAUGACAUCUCUAUGAGAUUUAACUAUGUUUCUUGUGUGAACAUUCUUAACCAAAUAAACAAUAGUAGACGUUUUACCCAGCAUUGUAAGGGUAUAUUAUAAUUUAUAAUUAUAUGCACUAUUAUCUAAUAAUAAUA